AUGGCAGAGACGGCGGCGCCGGAGCCAGUUUUCGUGGGGGAGGGACAGCCAGCCUUCCAGGGCAAGGCCGAGGAACUCUCGCCCGUUGACCAGUUCGCAGACGCCGUGGAGGAUCCCACCAUGGGUGUCGGUCUCCCCUCGGUCGCCGCCCACAAACUUCCGGCGGCUGUUGCUCAGGAAGAAGGCAGAGGCGAGUACGUCGACGCUGAAGAAGAGGAGGACGCGCAGAACGGCAAGAAAGAAGGGAGAGGAGAGGAGGAGAACGGCGCCGCGCCUGAAGAGGCCGGGGUUAACGAAGCUGACGCCGCCCCUACGGAGCCCAAACAGGAGGAAGUCCAGGAGGAAGCUGAAGAGCGCCCCGAGGCCGCCGAGGGUGAGGAGGUCAAAGAGGAGGAAAGCGCCGCCGGCGAGAACGCAGAGGAAGCCGACAAGUCCCUGAAGUUCUUCGUGGGGGGGGUGAAUCCGCAGGCGACUGAGCUGCAGAUUCGUUCGUACUUUGAGCGCUUCGGCAAGGUGAAGGUCGUGGAGCUCAAGAUGGACAAGAUGACCGGGCGGAACCGCGGCUUCUGCUUCGUGACAAUGGCAAACGACGACGCGAAGGACGCGAUCUUCAACACGCAGCACGUCAUCGGCGCGAAGAAAGUCGAAGUCCGCGCCCUCCACGACGACGGCAACGUUUCGCUGAAAAAGAAAAUCUUUGUUGGAGGCGUCAACCCCAGUCUCGGAGAGAGCGACGUAGAGAAGUAUUUCUCCAAGUUCGGAACCGUUGACAAAGUGAGCAUCAUUCGCGAUUCAACGACGGGAAAGAGUCGCGGCUUCGGUUUCGUCGUGUUUGCAACAGAGGAGUCUGCCAAGGAGGUCCUUAAGUCGCGCCGCCACAACUUGACAGAGAAGGACAAUUGCGAAGUCCGCGCAGCGGAGUCGCGCGCUUCGCUUCCGCCGCCUCGGAGUCGGUACAUGCCGGUGUCGUCUCCGCGGGCGCCGGGUCUGUUGCCCCCUGGGCCCCGCUACCCGCCGGCUCACGCGGUGACGCACCAGCCGCCCCACCACGUGCCGCCCCCCGCGAGCUACUACGCGCCGCCGCCGCGGUCGCCGCCUGCGUACUACUACGGGCCGCCGCCGCCCGUGGCGCCGGCCGCGGUGAGCCCUGCGACUGCGAGCAUGGCGUACUACUCGUCGUCUCUGCCGGCGGCCUCCGCCAGCUACGCGGCCUCCACGGCGCCGUACUACAGCGUACCGCCUGCGACCGGCGUCGCCGCACACACUGCAGCCGCGGCGGUGCCAGCAGCCUCGGUCAUGCACCACCACCCGCAGGCCGCCGGCGCGGCGCCGGGAGGCGCGACCGCGGUCGUCGCCGCGCCGCACCCCAUGAGUUCCACGGGUUACUACGCGAGCCCCGCGGCUGUCCCGUACGACGCCACCGGCGCCACCGCGGCCGCGGCAACCGCCACAGCUGCCAGGGGCUACUGGGACGAGGAGGCCACAGCGGGAGCUGCGGCAGCGACCGCAAGCGCAGGCGCCGCCGCGUACUACGGAGCCCGAACAACUGCCAGCCCCGCGGCGGCCGUCGCGGCCGGCGCGGCGCCAGGCUACACCAGCGGCUACAGCCCCGUCAGACAAUCGCCGUACUACGGAGCUGUGGGGCGCUCCAACGUACGUCGAAGCCCGUACUAA